GCCUCUGAGGAAUGGAGGGAGUCCUCCCAGCAGAGCGGCUCAGUGGGUCUGAACAUAUGAGAGCACACUUUCAGCUUCUGGUUGGACUAACGUUAUCACUGGUUGAGAAAGGCUCCUCCUGAAGUCCCAAGGAAUAAAAGCAGCCUGGUAAACAUUUGGUGAGGACUUAUCUUGCUCUACCAAGAUGGGGAACGGGUCAUCAGAUCAUCACUCCCUCUUCCCCUGCCUGCCGUCCUUCCAGGCUCUCCACAUUGUCAUUCUAGGACUGGACUGUGCAGGCAAGACCACUGUACUGUACCGCCUGCGUUUCAAUGAGUUUGUGAACACUGUCCCAACUAAAGGUUUUAACACAGAGAAGAUCAAGGUGUCACUUGGAGGUCGCCGACGGACAGCGUCCUUCCACUUCUGGGAUGUGGGCGGUCAGGAGAAGCUGCGUCCUUUGUGGCGCUCUUACACACGUUGUGCUGAUGGCAUCGUCUUCGUGGUGGACUCUGUAGAUGCUGAGCGCAUCGAGGAGGCCAAGACAGAGCUGCACAAGAUCACACGGCUGACAGAGAACCAGGGAGUGCCUGUUCUGGUGGUGGCUAACAAACAGGACCUGAGGAACUCACUCAGCAUGGCUGAGAUGGAGAGCAUGUUGGCCUUAGGUGAGCUCAGCCCGGCCACAGCCUGGCACCUUCUGCCGGCUUGUGCAAUCAUUGGUGAGGGACUGCAGGAAGGUCUCGAGAAGCUGCAUGCCAUGAUCAUGAAGAGGAGAAAGAUGCUGCGGCAGCAGAAGAAGAAGAGAUGAUGUGCUUACAAUGGGAACUAUAAAAUGUGAGAAUGAUCUAAAGCUACAUCAGAACUACUGUGAGCUGUGAACAAUCUGCUGGUCCAUAGUAAACUGUAAUUCGGCUUCCCUUUGAAGUCUGAUUGGCUUAGUUUGAUCCUUGCAGUGUAACAGUUUGUUCAGGUCGGCCAGUGUUGGGCUCCCAGAGAGGACUGUGGGAUUGAUUUGGCCCCGUGGACUUUGGAUGCCUACAAUCUUGUCAGCAACAAGUCAUUCAUCAAGGAAGCCCAGUAUUAUGCUAUACUAUGAAGUUUACACUGAACUCUUUAAAGUGAACAAUGAGCUCUGACUCCUCUGAUUUAUGUUUCUUGUUCAAAUUUGUUGCUACCAAAGCUUGUUUUAGAGCUAUUUGAUAAAUGCUGCAUUUGUCAGUAAAGUAUUUUGUAUCCAUGUUGCACAAUGGGGGGGGGGGGGGUUGGUCAAAACGUUUACAUAAAGAGUAAUAUUCUCUAAAAAAGGGAUGUACAAUGACCCUAAACAUGUGAACACUGUUAUUUAGUGUCACAGACACAGGUAGAAUCCAUUUAAAACAUUACAUUUAGUUGUCAAACCUUCUGGAUAACAAAGGGCGAGGGCGUCUUUCUAGCACCAUCACAGUAGCUUCAAAAGAGCAGAAUGCAGUGCCGGCCAUGGCUCAUUGUUCCUCUGUGCCAGAUUUGGAUCUUUUUAGCAGUAAAUAAUGCACAACCUCUGCUUCACUUGCUUCUCUGUAACUUGCAUGUACAGAUCAUACAACAAUUAAUAAUGAAAAGCAUCAGUCAAAUUUAACACAAUGUAAUAAUCUUAAAUGUAUUAUAAUUUAUAUCUGAAUAUAAAUUAAUGCUAUACCAAUGAAUCUGCCUGGGUGAGUAUAUAUUUGCUGAUUAUAGCUAAUUGCAGAUAUGUCAGUGUUAAUGUAUUUCUUGGCUCUUAAGUAACGAAUUAUGUCAGGACAGAAAUGCUAAAGAUAUGAUUGAGGUAACUUAGGGAAAACGUAAAAUGUUUGAUAUGAAGUGACAAUCAUCUAUAUGAUAUAUAGAGGGGGUUACCCAAACUUAGAUGCUUGUUUUUUGAGAGAUAACUCAACAACUAACGUUUGGUUAAGGUAUGGUAGCUUGCUAGUACAGCUGGUUAUGAUUUGAAAAUGUUAUGUACUAGUGCCAAUACAAUAACUUCAGUUUCUGUUAUCAAAAUUAUCCUUUUUCAAUACCUUACCUAAAGGACUACAAACAUGGUGUCCUACAAAAACCUUGUUCAUUUAACAGAUUACACCAACCCGCUCAAAUGUUAAAAAGUCUAAAA